UUUGGAUUAAUUUCAUUCGUCCUUCAAAAUUGUUUCCUGAAGGAAUGAUUAGAACAUCUGAAUUGUCCAAUCUUGUGGGUCAUGAAUUCAUGCAGAGCUCUCUAAUCACGUGUCAGCGCAUGGGGGUUCUCGGGGUUUGAGCAAUUCGGAUUUCCACCACUUGCGCUUCUUGCAAUUUGUGAGAGAGAUUACACGUCGUAUGACGAUGGAGUUGUGUUUGGCAGCAUCGCAAGCUUCCACCCCUCGCGCAGUUCCUCGAGGACGAAUGUCCAGGUUUUGAUCCGGCAGCCAAGGUUUCUCGUCCGGCUUAGUCGAAUCGAGCGCAGAUGGUACGCGGGCGGAAUGCAGGGCCUUUCUUUUCUCACUAGCGAUGGUGGUGCGAGGUUCCGACGCAAAUCUCAUUUUGGUUGCAGAUGCUGAAGGAGGUGGUGCGGUAGCUAGCCAUGAGUAGGCGUCAGGAGAUUUGUCGUGAUUUUCAGCGAGGCAGUUGUCGAUAUGGCACUCGUUGCAAAUUUCUGCAUCAAACCAACGCUCCGCAGCAGCCGAGACAACCGCAAAAUAAUCAGAAUCAAAGGAAUGCAUUUGGGGGUGCUGCGGGGAACAAUUACUAUGGAGCCCUGGGAAACAACAACAACAACAACAACAAUAAUCACUCUCAAAGGCACAACACUCAGAGUUCAGUGGCAGCUAAAGAGCACAAAUGUAACAAUCCACGCUUAUGCAAAGAUCAAAUCGAAGAGGACUUUCAAAACGAGCAUCCUGUCUUCUGGCGGUUGACUUGCUAUGCACACUACAAAUUCCUGCCCAAUGACAUCGUAGGAGAUGUGAGCCCUGAGGAGCUCCGAGCCAUUGCAUACGACAGCGCAAAGCAGGGUCUUUCGCUCAAAGAUGUGGCACAAAGGGAAGCAUCGAUGUUCGCUGCAAAGAAUGCUGAGUUUGAAGCUCUACGGAGGAAUCCUUACAAGGGUCCCGCUUCUCAAGGGUCUGCCACACCUUUUUCGCCCUUUUCCGCGUCUCCCUUUAUGAGUUCUCCAGCUUCACAAAACAACAGCUCUGCCAUGGUUUCUGGACAACCCUUAACGUUGUCCAAUCCCAACCCAGCAGCAGGUCAAGGGUUCGCACAGAAUCCUAAUAUUUUUGGAGCCCCGGCAGCGAGAGGUUUCAGUUUUGGCCAGCCAAGUGUCGGCAGCGGAGAUACCAUUUUCGGACCUCGUCCAUCCACUCAAAACCCAAGUCCUUUCGGCGUGCAGCAGCCAAAUGUAUUUCAACAGACUCCAUUCCAGCAGAGUCCAUUCACGAACACCGCCUCUCCACCCGCGGUUGCUCAGCCAGCUGCGCAAACGCAAAGUCCGUUUACCAACGUACAAGCAGGUUCAAGUGGAGUUCAGUCACCUUUUGGGUUCAACUCACCAUUUACAGGAUUCCCCUCCAAUCCAGGAUCUACAAGAGGCUUUGCAAGUCCUCCAGGAAAUAGUCCAUCACUGAGUGCAACACCUGCACCCUCAUUAGUGAAUACAUCAACAGUUCCAGUUCCAGUUCGUUCUACAAAUGCUGAUGAAGACGCCAAAUGGUUUAAGGACGUCUGGAAAAUUGGAGAGAUACCGGAAGGAGAGCCACCAGUUCAAGUCCGUUAUUAGUGGGAGAACAUAAGGAUGUUUGAGGAUUUACCGAUGGUGAUUAGCUUAUUAAGACCUAUGGCAGGCACUUUAGCUUAAAAAAGUGUUAUUGACGGGAUAGAGCUCUUGAUCUAUUUCCACACGCAGUGUUAUAUUGUCACAUUGGCCUAUGAAUAUGUCGUAUGUUGGUCCAUUUUGAACAACGAACAAGAUUCGGGUCAGCAACCAGUUUUUCCAUCAGGUAGCAACAUGGGUAAUCUUACUGCUUUCUCGACUUCAAUUUCCUUGAGAUUUUUGUUAGGAGGUACCUCACCGUUUCACCUGAGGAUUUUCUUUCCAGAAGAUUCAUUUGGCCUUCAGUAUGGGCACUUUCAGUGCCACUUUCCUCCCUCGGAAACUAGCAUUAUCGGCGCCUGUAGCCUUGGCACUUCCGCUUGGGUCUUCCGGUAUCGUUGUUCGAUAUUCUUGACGUCUCUGUGGACGGCGAAUAGCAUUACACCAACACAUUACUCUUUCCUUUUGUUCCCACUUGGUCUCUUUUAUUUACCUCGGCCACCUCACUUCUACUCCUCCCUCUGGAUGCUUUUCCUGUGGGACCACAGUUCGCCAGUCAGAGCUAUUUUGUUCGUUUUUUCAAAUCAGAGAAGCCACAUUCGGUCGUUGUUGGCCAAAUAUGAAUACGUUCUUAUUAGAACGAAUAGCGCCCGCUCUUUAUGUGUUAGCUGCGGUUCCUCUGACGGUAGAUUAGGGAGGAAAAGAGUAGUAGGAUAAAUCUCGCUUUGCAAGCCUGAAUAUUUUUAGGAAGAAGCUAUAUCUGCAUGAGAAUUGAACUUGCCAUGGAGCAAGAAGACUCGACAUAAAGAGGGCCGAUUGGUUGACGAGACGUGAGUAGCAAAACGAAUGCCACCUACCCUACAAACGUCUCUUUAUUGCCCGACGUAGGAGUGUAACUCUUUGGUCAGUUUUUGUUGUAACUGGAGAUGGAUGAUUUCAAUUUGAAAUAUACUAAAUUAUCCGUAAUAUUA